GCUAUCGCAGAAACCUUUUGCUAUUCUUCAGUUCCACGCCAUCGACUGUUGAGAUAUAAUCAACUUUGGUUUGCACCUGAGCUUUCUGGCGUGCUGUCAGCUUGAAUGCUCUAUCCUGUCUUGACAUGUGAUUACAUCUUCCAUUAAGAAUGUUGUGGUGUAGGAACUCUUAAUAUCUUUUAUUGUGGCAAAGUUUACUACUAACUCCAUUUCAGUAUUAGUUUUAUAUAAACCCCCCUCCGCAGUUGUGGGCUUGAAAAAAUGUACCUCUCAUUAUUCAUUGAAAUUCCCAGUUUUCAUUUGCAACAGAAGCCUAGAUAAUUAGCCGUGACGUGCUUUAUAAGUUGUACCCGCAAAUAUGAAGGCGAAGAGUGAGUGCAGUCUCCUGCAAAAUAACGCCAUGUGGUCCGUUGAAAGUCAACAGACAUUUUUGAGGAACAUGGAGGAGACAUCUUCCUGCGAAACGUCGGAUGACUUUCAACGGACCACAUGGCAUUGAAAUACUGAAGAUAGAGCUCUGGUGCGACAAAGUUCGAUCGCAUAACGUGAAGUGACAAGAACACUUGCAAGAUGCGCUCACAAUUCAACGGGAAACAUUUAAUAUCGAUCUAUACUGGCUCAUCAGUAUGGCCAACGCCUUCAGCGGAUUGCGUACUUUUCUUGGAUUUAUAUAUGUAUGUAGAGAAGUGUGCGUUGAAGAGAAGAAUAUGUAUAUACGAUACAAACGUAUGAGUUUUACAGAUUUCUUACUUUAAAAAAUUUAUGUAUCUGUUUUAUCGAGUUUUGAAAUAUGUUAUGUUGGCGACUGUGUAUACUGGCUUAUGAAAAAUGGUCACCGUGGUGUUUGUAUUUGUACCCAAUGUUUUAUGUGUUUCAGUUAAUUACUGAAUUAAAUAAAGAUAGAUUUUCCGUGAAACAAAAUGUAUUCGUAAUGGACGUAACACUUGUUUCCAUUUAAUUUCUGGCAAUAUUUAUACAGACAGCUGUCAUCUGCCUCAGUCUGGACCAGAUGGGGAACAGUGGGUGGAGUCAGUCUGACUGGCAGAUGAUAGCAUUUUCUAUAAAUAUAUAGAGUGCCCAGAAUGAGUGGAAACUGCAUAAUGCCACAGCAGCCAGUAAUAACAUCAUGGCAGAUGCACAGGCUUGUGAGAUAGAAGGCACGCUAUCGUCAAUUAAUUUGGGGUCCAGGAGUUAUGGAAUACACUCAGAAGCAGUAUUCUGCUCUUUUGGGUGGCGUCACGCAGAUGGACAAGUCCACUAAGUUGGACAGUGUGUGGAGAGGUGAAGCAGGAAUGAACCAUAUUGAUGUGGAAUACAGGCCUUGUGCAGCCAACCACACAGCAAAUCAUGAUGGGUUAGGCUAACCAUCCAGACAUCACAGCUAUACUCGGACAACUCCAACAGACACAAUCCUCAGCAGUUUGAUCUGGUUGUCAUGCAAUGGAAACACAACACUACUGGAGUCACAGUAAUUGAAGUCAUUCAGCGGGAGUAACAAAGCUGAUUGGGAGUCUGGAGAUGGAUGAUGGCUCUCAAAAACUACUGGAUGUGAUUGAUGACCCAUCAGCUCUAGAAUCAUUCCUUGGAUUAAGCGCAGCUGCAGCAGGCGAAAGUUCAUCACGGACCACACUGGAGAGUCUAGUGGACUCACUGCAGCAGGGGCUGUUGGACCCCAGCACUACUACAAGUGGGGGUGGUACUUCUGCACGGCAUGUUCCUACUGGUGCCCCUCAUACUGCCCAUGCAGGUUCUGUUGUCCUUACACAGCAUCAGCUUCAGCAGUUGCAGCAGUUUCAGGCAGGGAAUGCCACUGGGCGCCCACAUGGACAAUCUGUUGCAUUCACCUUGCCACCACAUAGUAAUACUUCCCCUGUUGUGUCAUCAUCAUCCUCAUCAUCCUCUGCAGCAACUGUGGUCUGUUCGUCAUCUUGCAUCCCAGUAUCCACGCAUCAUUUUGUCUUGACUCCACUUCACCAUACUGGUGGAGGCAGCACUACCCAUCCUCAUCCGUCAUCACAUCCAAUCACCUUGAUCAAUUCCUCUGGUCAGCAGCCAGGUGGCACACUAGUCAGCACCUCAGUGUCUCAGCCCUCUACCAGUUUCAUCUAUACCCCAGCAACCUCCGCUUCUCCCUCUUUCUCAACCUCAGGUAGCAUUCCAACCACUGGACUUCAGCUUGGGAAUCCAAAUGUCACUAUUGGACAUGGCGGAACAAUUCUUGCGACCCCAACUGCUGGUCUUCAUUUAGGGGCAACAGUACCGCCUGCAGGAAUGCCUGUGAUAGGGUCAACAGUUGGAAAUACUUCCAUCCAGUCCCUUACAUCAAAUUCUACGCCAGGUGGUAGCUUAUUUGGAGCAUCUAUCAUACCAGCUGCAAACGCCUCGGCCAAUAGUGGAGUUCUAGUGGGGCCAUCAGGCACAACAGUGUUUACACCUGCCCUUGCUACAAAUGCCAUCUCCAGUCCUGGAUCCCCUUUUUCUGUUCCUACAAGAUCUCCAGCACCCCAUGCUCCACCAACGCCUUCACCCAGUCCAUUACCUCUUAGGUCCCCAGCAUCAGUUCCAUCACAUCAUCCCCCUUCUCCUGCUCCCAGUCCAUACCAUACUCAGUUGCAGUCCCCACAACAGCAGCAACAGCAACAACAGGGCAGUGUUGCCAACCCACCAUACAUCCUCUCCACAAGUGCCAGUCAGACCACUCCUGCAAAUCUACUGAAAGAACCUUAUGGGAGUCUUCAGCCACAUGUUGUUUCAAGUUCUCAGACUCCAACCAGCUUUGUACUGUCUACUGCCAAUGCCACUUUUAAGGAUGUGUACAACAUGCAGCAGCCAUCAUCUCAACCACCACCACAGCCAUCUGUAGUUGUGUUGCCACAGCAAAGGUCCAGUCUGUCAGGCAGCACUACGAACACAUCGCCUUCCCCUGCCCAGUCCCCAUAUUCAAACCUCCAGUCACCAGUUUCACAACAGAAUGCCACUAUGUUGAACCAGCAUCUUGUCCAACAUAUUGGCACUAACAGUGUGGCACCAACAAGAUCACCAGCCCCUGGAGGAGCCCAGCCAGCUGGUACCAUAACUCCUGGUGGGGCUCUUACACCCGCCCCUUCUCCUUCACCACAAACCAGAACUGCUGCUAGUCCAGUGAUACGGUCAACUACUCCUCAGCCAACUGUCAUACAUCAGACAUUACCAGCUGGACUGGCACUCUCUGGGACUGGCCAAUUUCCAGUGAUACCUCCAGGCUCAACAACCAUGCUGCAAGGAAAUCAUCAGCUAGUUCAGAUCAUACAUCAUCAGACAGCUGCACCGCCAACUACUACAUUUCCUUCCCAUACACAGAUUAUUACCACUGCAGGUCCAGGAGGUACUGUGCCUAUACAUCAGAGUGGCACCACAGUAGGAGGUCCUCCUAAACCAAAGCAACCGCCUCAGAUCCUACCAAAGCCACCAUCCGGCCAGCCAUCUAGUGGUUCUCAUGCCAAAUUAGCAGCAAAUUCCCGAUCUACAAGCACUCAGCAUCAAGGUCUCCACACGCAGCACCAUACCACAGCUCCUGCUGCACAAGUUGUGAUUGGUCAGGCCAACCAUUCUACAGUGAUACCGACUGCACAAGCCGGCACUCUCCUGUUGAAUCCGGUUAUACCUGGGCUGGGAGCAGGGGGCCCUGUAUUGGUACAACCCAACCCUAGUGGAGGUGUACAACUAAUUCUGCGCUCCCCGACUCCAGGCACCCAAGCAACAUCUCCUGCUCAGAGCAGCCAACAAAACCAACAGCAGCAGGGCAAAAGUCCUACCUCUCAUCAACAGUCCAUGUUCAUCUCAGGUGCUGCCACUGCCCAACUUAUACAAAGCACUGGUCGGCAGCAGAUGCAGCAGGUUCUUCGUCUGUUCACAUCACAGGGUCCCAUGCAGCUGCAGCAGAUACAGACCCCAUCAGGCCCAACAUUUAUAGCUGUUCCGUCUAGCCAGACACUGAGCUUCCAACAACUAGGCCCCCAAGGCCCUCCACCUCCUGCAGUCCCUUCACAACAGCCACAGAUUCCACCUCAGCCAUCAUCGGGAACCCGGUCAUCUGCACCACAGCAGCCAUCCUCAGGCUCUCAGCAACCUGCCACGCCCAUUAUACCAACUGUUCAGCUGCACCAGGGUAACAUGCGACCUUCACCUAAUGUUGGUGUUCCUACAUCUCGAACUGGCUGCACUCCUCAGCAAAGUGUCUCUGCUGUUAUUGGUGGACAUACCAUAGCUCUUAAUGCCAACAGUAGUACUACUUCUUCCAUUAUUCACCAGAAUCACCCUCAGGUACAGCCACCAGUGAGUGGAGUGGUACCACAGUCACAGCAAGAUGUAACACCCUCACAACAGAAUGUCACCUUUCCUAUCAUGCGUCAUAACACACCAGUGCUGCAGACACAGCAACAUCAGUGUACAGGUACCAACACAGAGACAUCCAUCUUAGCUCUCUCACAGAAGAGGAAGACAAAGAAGAAAAAGAAGAAGAAGAAAGAUGAAGAACCAAAGCUGGAUCUUGCCAACAUCAUGAAACUAUCAGGCAUUGGAGAUGAUGAGGACCUAGCUCUGUAUGAUGCAGAGGAACCAACGAUAGCUCCCACCAGUCAGAGUCCUGCUCCUUCAGAGAUAAACACACAGCAGUCUCCAGUGAGUCAGACGCAGGCUGCGCAGCAGCAGUCUCAGCUCAUAGCACAGCUCCGAUCCCCUCCCCAGAUUCCGCUUCAGAAUGCUACUGGGGGCACUGCUUCACUCAGGCUAGCAUUAGAAGAUGGUCAUGUGGUAUUACAUCAUACUCCAUCUGACUCUCAGCAGUCUGCAGCAAAUAUACUUCUCCAGAACUUUCCAUCUACAGUUGGACAGCAACAGCAGCAACACAAUGUUUCCACUGCUCAAAACCAGCUCUCAGCUCUACUUGCCAGUGGUAGCUGCAGCAAUGCUCCAUCUGCAGGUGGUGCAAGCAACCAUGUGGUUCUUUCUCAGCUUCUUCAGCAGACAUCACCUUCGGGACAAUCUCCUCAUUUGAUAUCUGCCAGCACAAACACUUCAACUUCCAGGGGCACCAAUUCCACUUCGCCCAAUCCUCUGCCCAGUACUGCUGCCAACACAUUGCAACCUCAUUCUCAAGAAAGAUUUUCCAUGCUCCAGCAACAGGGCAUCAAGUCUGGAUUUCUGAAGGAUGCAUUUAGCUCUGCUGAAAUAGCAAAUUCUGGUAUUUCACAGAUUACAACAUCCAUUGCUGGUAAUUUAGAUGGCACCUUGGCAAAUGCUGUUCCAGGUACAUUUGGUAUCCAAGCAAAAUCCCCAGCAGGGACAGUGGGCUGUGCCAAUUUCAGGGAUGGCUUUAUCCACCCAGGGAGUAACAAAGUUGACUCAUCCACAAGCACAUGCCCAAAAACUUCUCCCAUGUCAUCCCCAGGCCUGGUACUUUCAUCGCAUGAAAAUACUACCAGUCUUCUCUUGGCAAAACCUCCUCACCAGCAUACUUGUCAUCAGGAGGUAACACUGAAGCCACCACAGGAUACCAUCCAGAAGCAAAGUUCAGCCACUACACAAACUGAGCUCAUCCAUCCAAGCAUCCAUCUUGGGCCAAAGCAGCAUGAACCUGUACCAUUUAUCUCUGCAUCUAAAACAGGUGCAGAUGCUGGUCCCACAUUUCUAGGACUCCACCCAUUUUCCAACAUUCAAGGAUUGGUUUCCACCACGGGAGGCAGUUUACCCCUUGUGACUGCACCUGUAAUGACAUCAGGCAGUGGUAAUUUUGGAGGUGAACAAUUACUGAUUGCACAUCAUGCUGGAAUGUCUGUUUUGGCUGCCCCUCAGCUUAUUCAGUGCCUCCAACAGACUCAGAAUGCUGCAGCACCUGGGAUAAUAAACAUGCCUCAACUCCAUCUUACUCAGAGUGCCAUAAACAAAGCUAUUGGACAAGGUCUUGCAUUCAACACACCCACAGGAACGAUUUUAAUAGGUGGGAGUCCAGAGACCUUCAGUGCUGCAGUGACUAAUCAGCAUAAACCAUCAAUUGUGACUGCAAAUAAUAAUACAGCCACAAAGUUGCUGCCUCAGCAGCCAUCAGUUCUUUUGCAGCAGUUAAAUACAGGAACAGCAAAUGCUGUACGGAGGUGCAGUUCAGACUCCAAUAAUUCAAGUAUUUCAAUAGGCUCACCUCCUCCAGGUGGGGGUGGAGCUGCCAGUGGUACUACUGCAGUGAUUGGACUUAUUAACCAACCAAUGGUUAGCCAGAGUACAUCAGCAACUUCUGCCAGUACUGGCACAAGGAAAAACCAACAGUCAAUAGAGACACAGACUAUCUCACUGGGUAUCCCUACCACCAACAGUCUCCAGACCACAUUCCUAGAUAACAUUGUACACACACAUCCUAAUCUUGUCAGACUUGUUCAGCCUACUACAACAUCAGUGCACACUGGGAAGAAAAAGAAACAGAAACAACCUCGCAUGUCCAAGAUCCUCCCUGGGGUGACCCCAGCUAACAUCAUUGUAAACAGACAGUGUAACAGUACUGGCACUACAACAGAUCUUGUGAAAAGUCCGCUACAAGAGAGGAACUUUUCCAAACCUACCACUGUAUGUCAAGGUACGCAACAUGUGACCCGCACAACAGGGAAUGAUGCCUCCUUCUAUGUUACUGCACCACCGUUCACUUUGGCACAGCAGUCUGUGCGUGUGUCUACCGUUAGCUGUAAUACAAGUAACACAAACUCUGUUCCACCUCUGACCUCCAUCUGCUCAGUUAUGCAGAACACCCCAACCAAUAUUCUGUGCCAGGUUGGCAGUACUGCAACUUCCACAGCAACAACCAUGGCAACUCUUCAGUCUGUAAUGUCAAAGGUGGCAGCAAACCUUGGUGUUCAAACUGUGGCAGCUGAUGUAGCUACUACAAGUAGUGGUCACCAUCAUCUGACACCCUCAACAAGUAAGCCUGGCAUGCAGCACCAUUGUGUAGCAUCACAGACAGUGUCUGUGCAGCAGCCCCAGAGUGGCAUGGUGCCGCAUCUUGUGCCGAUUCCAGCUGGAGGCAAUACUGUCUCAAGUACCGCAGCACAGGCAACAGCAGUUGGGAUGCAGAGCAUUAUACAGAAAGUGCAGACCAUUCAACUGACUCCCCAGAACCAGAAGCAUUUGAAGGCAGUGCAGAUGCAGAUCCAGUCUGUGACUUCAAAAAGGGUGCUAACAUCAACAGAUCAGGCAGCAUUACACAGACUGUAUGAUGAACAGCAGCGCAUCCUGCUGACUGGCAAAGUUGUCCCUACUAUUCCAGGCCAACAUGCUGUGGGGCUGCCUCUGAACCCUGAUGUCAUUCCAUCAACUGUUGAUGGCAAGCUAAAGUCUCAAGCAGAAGUUGAACUGAACACUGCCAACACUCAUCUCGCAAAUCUUCUUCGACAGCAGCUAGUGGUGCCACACCAGACAACUCAGAUGCCUGUGCGGUACCAGCAUCAGGUUGGUAAUCAGAUCAUCCCACUGACCCCUGCCAACCUACAACAGAAACCUGCACCAUCCAGUAGCGUUGCCACAACCACUACAACAGCAAGCACUGUGACCACAAGGGCAUCCAUUUCUGUACAGUGUGGCACCCACCUCUCACCAUCAGAUGCACUUAUCCAGCAACCUGUUGGGUUGGCAGCCCAGUCACUACCCAAGUUGUCAGUUGUUCAGCCCAUGUUGCAGGCUACUGGGACAACCUCAGUAUCAUCAUCACAACAAAGCAAGAGCACAGGGCAGCCCAGUAGCUGUGAAAAGGGGACCUCACCAUUGCAAGUUCAGGUUGGCACGCAGACUACCUUACCCUGUAUAGAAUCUUCAUCAUCAUCAUCAUCCUGUUCUCCUCACCUGUCAAUGGCAACUUCAGUUUGCAGUGGAAAGUUAUCUCCAGCUGUUGUAUCCUCUGCUCCCUGUAAUUCCAGUACAAGCAAACUUUCACCAGUACCUGGCCAGCAGCUGUUCUCACCAGGAAAG